UAGGUUGCUCGCAAACAGUGUUGACCCUGUCUGGAGGCUCCCCAGAAGAGUGCUGAUAGCCAUGAUGAGAUAGAGCAAUAGGAGGAUAGCACUGACGUGUCUACUCAGAAGCUGCUUGAUACUCAUGGCAUUGUCCUGGAGGCCAUCAGUCAGGACCUGCUCCAGAUGCAGAUACUAGGAUACAUCUGCCUCGCAGACGACAACGGAGACAGCAUACUAGGGAGAUGAGGGGCCCUCAGCCAUACCUGCAAUAGACAUACCUUACUAGAAAGUUCCACUGAUGCUUGCUGCUUUAUGAAUUGGAGCACAAGAGAAAGGACCAGGAUACCGGCAUCAGCUACAGACUUCUUGUGUGACCCUGGCAUUGAGAACCUGCCAUUUGAAUUGCAGAGAAAUUUCCAACUCAUGCGAGAUCUAGACCAGCGAACAGAAGACCUCAAGUCAGAGAUUGAUAAACUGGCCACAGAGUAUAUCAGCAAUGCACGGACUCUUUCUUCGGAGGAAAAACUGGGACUUCUCAAGCAAAUUCAGGAGGCCUAUGGGAAAUGCAAGGAGUUCGGGGAUGACAAAGUGCAGCUGGCCAUGCAGACCUAUGAAAUGGUGGAUAAGCACAUCCGGCGGCUAGACACGGACCUUGCCCGUUUUGAAGCUGACUUGAAGGAGAAGCAGAUUGAGUCGAGUGACUACGACAGCUCCUCCAGCAAGGGCAAGAAAAAGGGCCGGGCCCAAAAGGAGAAGAAAGCUGCCCGUGCUCGUUCUAAGGGGAAAAACUCUGAUGAGGAGGCACCAAAGAUGGCUCAAAAGAAGCUGAAACUCGUCCGCACCACAGAGUAUGGGAUGCCCUCAGUGACAUUUGGAAAUGUGCACCCCUCAGAUGUGCUUGAUAUGCCUGUGGAUCCCAACGAACCCACCUACUGCCUGUGCCACCAGGUCUCCUAUGGGGAGAUGAUUGGCUGUGAUAACCCUGAUUGCUCCAUCGAGUGGUUCCAUUUCGCCUGUGUGGGCCUGACGACAAAGCCAAGAGGAAAAUGGUUCUGCCCUCGCUGCUCCCAGGAGAGGAAGAAGAAAUAAAAUCCCUAGAGCCCCCUGGUGCAGUGGCCAGAGUCCCAUCUCUUCUGCUAGGGCCUCAUCAAGGCUCCCCUAGGCCUUGAGGUUGGGGGGAGUCUUGCCCUAUUUGUGAUUAGGGUGACCUUUGAAUGGGCUAUGUCCUCAUGACAGUUCCAGUGUGUUCUGUAUCCUGUGCUACCUUCAAAUUCCCCUUGGAAGUCCUUUGUGUGUGCUGUUCUAGAACAGGUCUCUGAAUCCCAGAGGGAAUGAAGGUAGCUAGGUAGCCCCCAGAUUCCCAGGGGUAGGAUGGUCCCCUGAUUUCCCUGGCUCACCCUUCACCCCACUUAGAGUCCAUUGCCUGCAUCACUCCUUGGGGAAGCCAGGCUUAGUCGGGGAAGUGAAAGAUUACCUGAAUGCCCAUGGGAAGGAGGUUAAGUCUCCCCAAACUUUAUAGGUUCCUGAUUUUAUUAGAUCUCUCCUGGGUGUGGGGGUAAGCAGGCCACCUCUUCAUCUUACAGGUUGGUUGAAAAGUUGGAUCCCUUAGUCCCCUGCCCUACCUUACAUUCCACUAUCAGCUUCAGUAUCCAGUGGUCUCUCUGUUGUAUGUGGGAGAGGAUGGAGUUUAGAGAUAGCCGAAGUCUCAUUUAUUCCCCUUCUGGGGGAAUAUCUCAGGAAUGGGUACUGUGUCUUACAGGAAAGAGGAAGCGUUCAUGAUCUCAGGUGGAAAUGGCUCUGUACCACCUGUGCUUCUGCCCCAGAGUUCCCCAAUCCUUUUUGCUCUCCAAGAUCCUUUGUUCUGCUGGUGAUGGGAAGUUUGGGAAUCAAGAUCCACCUUGUAAAAUAUGGAAUUAAAUAAAACCCAUUGAAACAAAAA